CACACACACACCUCCCUUCCCGGUACGUCCUGAUGCGACGUGAUGUGCGUGUGUUUGUGUUUUGGUUUCUGCACAGCUGCUGCUGCUUUAAGAGCCAUCGGCCGCCCCCCUUUUCCUCCUGUAUUUUUAGCCGAGCCAGCCGCCUCGUUCCCCGGAUCAGACGGACGGCUCUGCGCCGCGUGUGAUCCCACUUUUUUUUUUUUUUUUAAAAACGUUUUCAAUACAUCCAAACGUCUCCUGCGUAGCCCGGGUCUCCGUGGGGCCUGCAGCCAGCUGUGCUCCGGGAAAAGUCACAUCUGUCCCGCCCGCCGCCGGAUGCUAACAGCGCGUGAUCAGCCUGUGGAUGCGCGAUGGUCAUUACGAAACGCAAUGCUGCACCGGGUACCGGGUAUUAGGCACGCGCGCGUCUGCGAUCGAACGAACCGCAAGUAGAUCCGUGUAGCUGUCGGAUACUUGUGCUUUACGGACGGCUCCGGGGUGGUCCUUCUCCUCCUAAGCAACUCUGCUUCCUGGAUUCUCUUGGAUUGUGGAUAACAAGAAGCCUUCAAGACGGAGGGGGUGGUCGAGCAUCGAGGAAAAAACAGGGGCAACAUGAGAGAGCGGGACUUCAUGCCCAAUAUGGAGAGGGGCAAACCGGCUACUUAUACGGGGGACAAAAAGGCCAAGAUGGCUGCUAAGACCAACAAGAAGUGGGUGAGACUAGCAACUGUUUUUGCAUACGUUUUGUCCGUGUCCUUAGCAGCCAUCAUUCUGGCAAUUUACUACAGCUUGAUCUGGAAACCAACCAGCGCAUCCUCAUCCGCGGGGAAGCCAGGGGCGUCCGGAGAGGUCCCCCCCACCGCGAACACCUCAACCAAUCAUUCCAAAAGCAACAACGGGUCCGAGUGGAACUCCACGCAGACUGGCCUGUCGCCUCUCAACCUAACCAGGCAGGUCCAGACGCCGUACACUCACGCGUUUCAAUGGGACGACCGAGCCGAGGGCGCCGGAGCAGAAGUCGCGCACUCGCGGCAGGAGGGGGGACACUACGCGCCCUCCAACGGGAGAACGGAGAGGCAGACGCGCGCGUCACCGACCGGCGACACCGCGCCGAGCGCCGGGGAGCCCGAGGUCGAGGAGGAGGAGGAGGAGGAGGCGCACGGAGCGGGCGACGGGGCCGCGGACCGGAGCGACCCCGAGCGGGCUGUUCCUCCAACGUCUGCCGGCCCGAGAGGAGAUUGAUCGGGCCUCGCCGCGCCCCCCCCCCCCUCCACUACAGAAACUCACCCUUCGAGGAAGGUUUCGGAGCCAGUGCCGCGGGUCGGAUUACACACACAGGUCUUCGCUUUGAAGUCAUUUCGCGGAGCCUCGUGGACGCGUAACUGCAUUUAUUAGCCGGCGUCUCGCAGACGCGUCUUCGAUGAACACUGUUUCCCUACACUAUGCGUUCUCUUUUUUUUUUUAUUAUUAUUUCUUAUUUUAGGCCAUUAGAAUGCCUUAAAUCAACGCGUGUCUACUGUAAGUCGGACACUAAGCCGCGUGUGCGCGUGGGAAACACUUUGGUAAAGACACGGGCUCCACGGACGGGUUCGGUUUUUGCAGGACAACAGUGUUUCUCACGGGCUCACGGCCCUGAAGUAUCACUGCCAUUCUUCAGCUGGUCCACACUGAACUCUCUCAUCUUACCAUAGAGGCUGUGCUGUCUUUGUCAUGGGUCCAAUCCGGAUUUUGCGUAGAAGAACCUCCGUUAUUGAGUUUUGCUCAGGUAUGUGCAUAUAACCAUGUAAAUGUAUUGUGUAUUUGGUCGUAGGGCGCCCAUACAUCUUUUGAGCCUUGAUAAACUGUUAGUGUAGAGGAUUUUUAUUAUAGGUGCAAUAUGUAUAACUAUAUCACAAGGUACAAAUAAACAAUCCUUAGAAAACUAUUCAUGUGGUUUAGUAAUAGAUCUGUGUAAAUAAUGAAUUCAUCGCUGACAUUAACCUGUAUUUUAGUCAGAAACCACAAUAGAUAAUAUAUAUUCAAAUAAAAAGUUUUUAAAAACA